ACGUCACUUCCUCAAGCAUCCUGCCGCAGACAUCGGCCUCGCCUCUCUCUGCUCGCUUGCUGCUCCAAACAAGCUGAUCAGCUCCAGGACAAGGUCCAAGACCAAGACCGGACCGGUAAAGCCGUCGAGCAGUCAUGCCAGAAACGACCAAAAGUCACGUGAUCCUGCUGUCCUGCGGCAGCUUCAAUCCCAUCACCAAAGGACACAUCCAUAUGUUUGAGAAAGCGAGAGACUAUCUGCACAAAACAGGACGUUUCAUCGUGAUCGGAGGGAUCAUUUCACCGGUGCACGAUUCCUAUGGCAAACCAGGUCUGGUGUCCAGCAGGCAUCGCUUGACCAUGUGUCAGCUGGCUGUGCAGUCGUCUGAUUGGAUCCGGGUGGACCCGUGGGAGUGUUACCAGGACACCUGGCAGACCACCUGUAGCGUGCUGGAGCACCACCGUGACCUCAUGAAGAGAGUGACCGGCUGUAUCUUGUCUAACGUCAACACGCCGUCUUCCACUCCCGUCGUUGGGCAGCCACAAAACCAGGCUCCGCCUAUUUACCUGAACCACAACAACAUGAAGCAUACAACCACUUCCGUUAAAGUUUGGGGUAAGCUGAGUGAGAGUCUGGGGAAAGUUUGCUGCGUGCGUCCUCACCUGGAUCGAUUCACCUUCGUGGAUGAAAACGCCAACUUGGGGCCAGCCAUGACCUACGAGGAGAUCGAGUUGCGUAUCUUGCUCCUGUGUGGAAGUGAUCUUCUGGAAUCAUUCUGCAUCCCUGGCCUGUGGAAGGACAGUGAUAUGGAGGUGAUCGUGGGCGAUUUUGGCAUAGUAGUGGUUCCUCGUGACGGCGUUGACACGGAGAGGAUCAUGAACCAUUCGUCGGUUCUCCGCAAGCACAAGGACAACAUCAUUGUGGUGAAGGACGCCACCAACCAUCCCAUGGCCAUUGUCAGCUCCACCAAGAGCAGACUGGCCCUGCAGCACGGCGACGGCCAUGUUGUGGACUACCUGAACCAGCCGGUCAUCGACUACAUCCUGCAGACUCAGCUGUACAUCAAGGCCUCGGGAUAAAGGACCACCUUUAGGUUGUGUGACUUUGCCAUCAUGGCGGGGGUUGGUCACCCAACUUCCUGUUAUUCAUCAAGUCAGUGGAUGCAUGCAACACGCUCGCCAAUGUGACAGCAGUAUCCUCCGCCCACGUUUGUGUUGACGUUACAGUCCCUCCAGGAUUUCUUGAUGUUGCGAUUGUGACAAUUCACGCCAAUUAAACCAAUCCCUCGCAACUUUGUCCAAUCCCCGUACUUUAACGGGGCAUUUCGGCAAAUCCUCGUUAAUCCUGCCAAGCAGAUUUGUCCCAACAGCACUCAAAGGCAACGCGAUUCUGUAACCAAUCAAAUGCGCCGCCCAGACUUCUUCACUUCCAUGUUUACAUGACACAUGUGGUCGUGCGAUGAUAAUCUCUCAUUGACACUCAGUCACUAACCCAAAAUCACAGCCGAUGUUCCCAACAAAGUGGCGGGUAAACUAUACGCAACGUGUUGGAACCAAAAUACAAUUUACGAUCAUUUUUCAAGCGUAAAACCUGCACAAAUGUGCACGUGAACAUUUGCAGCUUUUGUAUGACAGGGCAAACAAAGAGACAAUUAAAACAACUUUUACAAACUUUCAUGUACCGUAUUUUUCGGAGUAUAAGUCGCUCCGGAGUAUAAGUCGCACCUGCCAAAAAUGCAUAAUAAAGAAGAAAAAAAACAUAUAUAAGUCGCACUGGAGUAUAAGUCGCAUUUUUGGGGGAAAUUUAUUUGAUAAAACCCAACACCAAGAAUAGACAUUUGAAAGGCAAUUUAAAAUAAAUAAAGAAUAGUGAACAACAGGCUGAAUAAGUGUACGUUAUAUGACGCAUAAAUAACCAACUGAGAAGGUGCCUGGUAUGUUAACAUAACAUAUUAUGGUAAGAGUCAUUCAAACAACUAUAACAUAUAGAACAUGCUAUACGUUUACCAAACAAUCUGUCACUCCUAAUUGCUAAAUCCCAUGAAAUUUUAUACGUCUAGUCUCUUACGUGAAUGAGCUAAAUAAUAUUGUUUGAUAUUUUACGGUAAUGUGUUAAUAAUUUCACACAUAAGUCGCUCCUGAGUAUAAGUCGCACCCCGGGCCAAACUAUGAAAAAAACUGCGACUUAUAGUCCGAAAAAUACGGUAAGUGGAUUGGUGAAAUGUGUAAAUGUGCCAGGAGAUGCAACACAUGGUUGCUUAAGAGAUUUAUAAAAUACACUAAAGAUUUACUUAAUGAAUAAAGAAUAUUUAGAAAAUGACCUUAAUAGGCAUACAGUAUCUCACCCUUCAUUUUUUUUACUACAGUCCAUCCUUGCAAGGGAGAAUAUAUAAGGUUGGAUAUACUUUGGAGUACAUACUGGUAUACAAAAUGUGAUUUCUAUAAGAAUGUCCCUUGAGAGUAGUUGUGUUGUUUACUCGUCUUUGGCCUUGAACUGAAAAAUGUGUAUUGUAUUUUUUUCUCAUGUGAAGGCUGAGAUAGCAUUUUUAGUCAUUUCCUUGCAGGAAUACUUGUGUGCUUUGUUGUGGCAAAUAAUAAAUAAAGCUUAUUAUGCACAUUUUUGUGUGCCAUGUUGGUAAGAUGCUUUCUCAGUCUUUUUUUUUUUUUACCUUUUCUUCAACAAAUGUUCCAAUCAUAAUUACAGGGUGAAAAUGAUCACAAUGUACUGCAACUUUCACCAGAUAAACCUGGCUUUUUUAACCACCAUUUCUGUGAAAAACGGCAAAAUCAGGAAUCUCAAAACAGGCUAGCAAGAUCCUGGGGUACUGCUAAAUUACUGUCAAUGUUCAAGAAUGUUAGUUUAAUGUAAAAAUAUUUUUUAAGAUUUGUUGAAAUCUGUGCUUUUUGGGGUUAGGGUUAAACAAUAAAAACACUGAUAACAAAUUAAUGAAGUAAAAAGCAGGUAUCAUAUAAAAAAAAGAAAAAGACAACUUUUUUAAAAGGCUGCUGGUAAAUCAGGGAUUUAACGCUGAAACAAUCGCAAAAACCUGAGUAAUCCUGGGGAGACUGAUAUUAGCAUAUGUUAGCCUCAUCAUUAAUACAACGCCAGCUAUUUGUUCAGGUGAUGGGCAAGAGACCCCUUCCCCAGUUUAGAGUGGAACAUGAAUCUUUUGAACAAUAAACACUUAAUAUUAUUUUUCACGAGGACACAUUCAGGACAUAGAGUAAUGAAUUAAAGCCCAACUGUGUUUGUUUUCAGUGGUGUGCAUGCUCAGCACUUUUUUGCUUCUGGUUCUGCUGGUUCUUAUUGGGGUAUGAAUCUUUGUAGACCAAUAAAAUAUGACACUGUC